UUCGCUUUCAAUCCGAAAAAUAAAAACAAAAAUAAAAAAAGGGGGAAAUUGAAAGAAAGAAAACAAGAGAAAAAGGGGAAAAUGAAAAGAAAUUUCCAAAUUGAGCCCCUGCAGACCCUGCAAAUCUUAGCUAUUUUUGAGGGCUCUCUAUCUUCCAUUUUCGAAGCUUCUUCUUCUUCUUCUCUUCUAACCUCAAGUUAAAUUAUAACUCGCAGCUCACCGAUUCCAGUUAUUUAGAUAACUUAUCAUUAUCAUUAUUUAUUUAAGUUAAAAGAAAAUAUGUCCUCUUCGAUGAAACAGGCGCGGUGGUAGUUGGUGAGUGAUCUAACUUAGGGUUUCCAAUUUCCACGACGGUCGGUGGUGACGGUUAGGGUUUCAUAUGGCGGCGGCGAAUCCACAGCCCCUACAGGCGCGUCCGUACAAGGACCACAGAACGCGAGCUCCAAUACAGAUCGAGGACGAUGACGACGGAGAGUACGAAGACGGUGAUGGUAUGGAUGACAUGGAAGAGGAAGCAGCAGUAGCGCAAGUGAAUUCAGGCGUGAGUGUGGCAGAGCACAACCACGGAGCUGGUGGUGGUGGUGGUGGUGUGGUUAUAGCUUCGAGGACUAGUGAACUCACUCUCUCUUUUGAAGGAGAAGUUUACGUUUUCCCUGCUGUUACCCCUGAAAAGGUGCAAGCAGUGCUCUUGCUUCUGGGAGGACGAGAUAUACCUACUGCGGUACCUACUAUUGAAGUGCAAUAUGAUCAAAAUAAUAGGGGAGUGGGUGACACCCCAAAGCGCUCAAAUCUUUCACGAAGAAUAGCCUCUCUUGUUAGGUUCCGUGAAAAAAGGAAGGAGAGAUGUUUUGACAAGAAAAUAAGAUACACUGUGCGAAAAGAGGUUGCACAGAGAAUGCACCGCAAGAAUGGGCAGUUUGCAUCCAUAAAAGAAAAUCCAGGGGAUUCAAGUUGGGACUCUGGUCAGAGUUGCCUUCAGGAUGGCACCCCUCUUUCAGAAACUGUUGUCCGGAGAUGUAAGCACUGUGGUGUUAGUGAAAAUAAUACUCCAGCAAUGCGUCGUGGGCCAGCUGGACCUAGGACUUUAUGCAAUGCUUGUGGACUAAUGUGGGCAAAUAAGGGAACAUUGAGGGAUCUCAGUAAAGGAGGAAGGAAUCUUCCAGUGGACCAAAUAGAACCUGAAACACUGAUCGAAGUCAAGCCUUCCAUCAUUGAAGGGGAAUUCUCUGGUAACCAGGAUGAGCAUGGAACUGCUAAAGAUCUUUCUAAGGCAGUUAGCGAAGGAUUCAACAACCAUUCUAUCAAUCCAGAUGAGGUUUUCCAAGAAGCUACUGAAGAUAUUACAAAUACUUUGCCAAUGGGAGUUAUCCAUUCUUCCGGAGAUGAUGAUGAGCAGUUUUGGGAUUUGCAGGAACCACUGGUUGAGCUUGCCAAUCCUUCAGAUACAGAUCUUGACAUUCCUGCUAAUUUUGAUUAGAAGGUGACAGUUUGCUUCUCUCGAUUAAUGCAUGAGAGAUUUGGAUUGGAGAUGGGUGGUGCCAUUUCAAUCCCUCUUACCAUGAUGCUACAUGGAGGGAAACUUACUGAUCUGUCAUGAAGGGUGUAAAUUGUGAAUUGUAACUAGAGUUGUAACCAUAAACAGGCAUUUCGCAACUGUAGAUUUGAUUUCUUGACAGGAGAUGUGAUGCUACUUCCAGCCGACACCAAGAUACGGGGCAGCGCUUCUUGUGGAUAUUAAUGCUAGAUCAUGUGUGUGUAUGAUUCGUUAGGACACACCUGAGUGCGUUUACCAGUAUUUAUGUGAUUAGGUUGUUAGGCUGUUAUAAGAUUGAAAUGUACUUGUUAAAUCAUUUUUAACAUGGCCCAAAAGACUAAAUUAAAUAUGCUUCUGGUA